GGCUUUAAUAAUUCAGUUGUUAGGGAACUGUCGUUAAGGCGGGAACUCGGCGCGGGAGGCGAACUUUUUUGACCGUGUAGUUUGAAUUAAUGAGUUUUGGUCGUGCUAAAAUUUAAGUUUUCCUAUUGAAUUACUCGUCUAUUUUAGCUAUAUGACCCGAAGUAUAUUGUGGAGUGUGUGUCCGGUGUGAAUUGUUUUGUUUUUUUUUUUUCGUUAAAUUCAACAGUGCAUUCCGUGUGCAAGAGGAAUGUAAGGAUGUCUUCGCAGAUCCUCACGACGAUGUACCGACGGCAGUCGAGCGAGGACGAUAAGCCCUUGGAAAUAGACCAGGACUCCAACCCGGCCAGCAGAUCAAACUCCCCGAAAAACAUGAGCUACUACGAAGAGAAGACAGUCCUCAAUCAGACCAAGAAGUCUUUUUGCAUAGACGCCUUACUCUCCCGCCAGUUGGAACCUAAAUCCCCAAGCGCCGAUCCAGGGUUCCCGAAAAACUACAUCAACCGUUACCAGGCAAAUUACGAUGCCCAAAUCGAACAGAACACGAUAAAUAAGUACGAUAAUUCCAGUCCAAGGUCUGGACAGAGCAGCCCCAGGAGCGUCAGUCCAGGGUCUGAUGAGGGAAACCGAUCGGAGACGUACAGCCCCCCGAUAUCUCCCGGCGUCGAAGGCAGCAGUGAAGACUAUGAGAGCUAUAGACCAGGAAUAAUCCCAAAGCCGGGACUAAUACCACAGAAUCCGGCGCUGAUGGCGGCACAAUCUGCAGCCCUUUUCAACUACCCACAGCUCCAGCCCGGGGGUCUACCUCCCGGGGCGCCGAUGCCCUCCGCCUUCCACCACCCUGGGGACAGAGUCCUGCACCACAUGCAACUCGAGUGGCUCGCAAGAACUGGAAUGUUUUAUCACAGGAUACCGGAAUUAGGAGGUGCCCCUCACGCGCUUCUAGGCAAGACUCGGCGACCCCGCACCGCCUUCACGUCUCAGCAGCUUCUGGAACUGGAGAAGCAGUUCCGAAUGAACAAGUACCUGUCCAGACCGAAACGGUUCGAGGUGGCCACCAGUCUGAUGCUCACGGAGACUCAGGUAAAGAUCUGGUUUCAGAACCGAAGGAUGAAAUGGAAAAGAUCGAAAAAGGCCCAACAGGACUCUAAGAACAAGGACCCUCAGCAUUCAGACGAGAAAAACAAACCGAAAGAGCAGACGGACGCGGAGAAGACAUUGACAGCUGAUCUGACAGCUGUCAAACCGCCGCCGAUGCUCGACAGGGACAGAAUUAUCGCGCUGGAACGAGAAAGAGCGAUGGCGGCCGCUAAUUUUAAUUCGAAUCUGGAGAAUCGACGCGGAUUGGUCGUGAUGUCUCAAGAUGGCAGCCGACCCGGAAUCGACAUGUUCAGGCCGUACGUGGUAUGAAAAUAAACGAUUUUUCUUUUUGUUAUCUAACAGUGUUUCUCCCUGUGUAUAGUAUUUUUUAAGUAAUUAGUGACGUAUUAAAAUAAUUGUUACGUGUUUAUGAGUAAUGAUGUUAAAAAUGGCGGACGUUCGACUAAGCGCUAAAUUUUAUAAAAAAUACGGUAUUUGACAAAAAAAUUCAAACCUCCAAUUAUUUUAAUUUGAAAGUGUUUUUUUUUUUUCGACGAAAAUUUAUGUUUUUGUGCUUGUAUGUUAAAAAAAAAACAAACAAUCAUUCACUAUUAAAACUUUGUAGACACUAAAAGUUUUCCUAUCUCACACGGUAAUCAAUCAUGUAAUAUUAUCAGUCCGUCCGCCAGAAAAUAUACUAGUCGUAAAAAAUGACCAGCUGUUUUUUUUUUGAUAAUCAAAAGAAAAGGCUUUUGUUUAUUUUCGUGAUCUGCCAAUACUUGCCAUUGAAUGUCUGCUGUAUCUACACUGUAUACGGAUAAUGAGAUAUGAUAAUUGUAUUGGUGAUUGGAACUGUAAAUAUGGAGAGGAUGCUCUGACUUCACCUGGCGACUUUACUAAGACUAGCCUACACACGGUAGAACCGCUUGUGAGUCCGCGCGGGAGGGUACCACCGCCCUGCCUAUUUCAGCCGUGAAGCAGUAAUGCGUUUCGGUUUGAAGGGCGGGGCAGCCGUUGUAACUAUACAUGAGACCUUAGAACUUAUAUCUCAAGGUGGGUGGCGCAUUUACGUUGUAGAUGUAUAUGGGCUCCAGUAACCACUUAACUACCAGGCGGGCUGUGAGCUCUUCCACCCAUCUAAGCAAUAAAUAAAAAAAGAAUGGGUAACAAAAGAAAAACUAAAUUUAUUAUUAAUGAUGAGUUCCCUAGUCCUAGAGUCUUUGUAGAUACGACAAUCGAUUCAAUAUGAUCAAUUAUUCGUUUUGCAUUAAUAUAAUCGAUUAGUAAACAAUUUCAAUGAAACAAAAACAAACAUUGCUUUGGUUAUCAAAAAAAUUAGUGGUCUUCUAAUAAAAAAUAUAUAUAUACAGAUUUAGUCUAGUCUUUUAUAAUUAUUGUAUAGAGUGUGAAUAGUGUAUAGAUUAGUAUAAGAAGUACAUUUGUUUAUAAUAAUGAAAAUGAAAGUACCUAUAUAAAUUAUAAGUAGAUUAUAUUUAAAAAAAAAAAGACAAACAGUAUUGCGUUUUAAGCUAUUGCAUAGUUUUUAUCGCGGGCUUUGAGCGCGGUGACCGAGUCAAAAAAUUCCGUAACGAAAAAAAACCUAACACCCCCACUCCGCCUACCAUGUAGGUCGUGUUCAACACAAACCCGCGUUGCGCUUGUGUAGUGUUUGUGAAUAAUCGCGCGUCGUGACGUCGCACUGCAUGCGCAUCAUGAAAAGUCUGCCCGUCUCUCUCUCGCGCGGUCUAGCUAAUGAGUGUGAAGGGGACAUUUAAUGUUUUACUUUUGUUAAUGUUUAUAAAUAUAGCGUCGUCUUAUUUUAUUAUUGCUUUAAUAUAUAAUUAUUAUUGUCUAAUUAUAAUUGCAUAAGUUGAUAAAAAAUGUUAUGCAAUAGCUUUACCGCAGCAGCCCCCGAGUGCCAUUAGUAUUUUUUUUUAAUAUACACAAUAUAUUUUAUGAGGAAAUCAAGAGUGAAUAUAAAAUGCCUGCAUUGAAUUUUUUAGGUUUUGUUUAGUUAUACCGUUGGUAUAUGAUUUUGGUGAUAGCUAAUAUGAAAUAGGCAUACCGGACUAUGAUGUCCUUGUCGCUCGCAUCCAGCUUGACGCGCGUCCGAGAGAGACAAACGAUGUUAUUAGAGACAAUUUCGUCAGGUCUGUAAGGCUAUACGAGUGUGUAUAGGAAUUGGUCAUUAGCGUUAGGCAGUAGCUUGGCUCUGCACCUGGCAUUGCUGAAGUCCAUGGGCGACGGUAACCACUCACCAUCAGGUGGGCCGUAUGCUUGUCUGCCUACAAGGGCAAUUAAAAAAAAUCGAUAGUUCGUCUUAGUAGUUUGAACUUAUACGCAUUAACAUAGAGUCGAUCUAUCGACGGUUCGCGCUCAGUGUUAAGACAUCUUACGUUACAGUAUUAUAAUGUUAUUUUUUUUUAGGGAUUUUAUGACCUGGUAACUAAAACCUUUAAGUCAUAUCUUAUUUUAAUUUAUAUUCUUAUUUUUAUGAAAAAUGAUAAUAUGGAGUGAAAUUAAAUGAAGAUGAUUAAUUUGAGACAUUAAUUAACUGGGAUGAAAUUAAAUUAAAUGAUAUGAUAUGGGGUGAAAUACAAUCUCAGUAAAAUGGUGGUAAUUUACAGAGAUUUUUUCAGUGGACUUUUUGGAGGAUCCCGAGAAGUUACGUCCAGCGGCCUUGGUUUCAUUUUCCCACAUUUGUGCACUUUCACAGAUACUAAACAGUUAAUAAACCACCAUUAUUACACAUUUAAACCUGAAGAAACACUAAAUAGACAAAAUAAAACAAAUCACACAACUUCACUCCUCGCGUUCCCGCCAAAAAGUCCUUAUAAUAUUAAGAAACUGAAUUUGUAUAUAGCAUAUACAGGGUGUGACUUUUCAAAUGCCGAUUUCAAACAAUAUUAGCUCGGCAUGCACGAUCGUGUGUAUGUAACGGAAGUCUUUAAUGUUUUUUUGGUUUCCUACCUAUUAGCCUGCGGUACCACAGCCCACCUGGUGUUAAGUGGUUACUAGAGCCCAAAGACAUUUACAACGUAAACGCGCCACCGACCUUGAGAUAUAAGGUCUCAAGUAUACUUACAACGGCUGCCCCAAACUUCAAGCCCAAACGCGAUUUACUGCUUCACGGCAGAAAUAGGCGGGGCGGUGGUACCUACCCGCGCGGACUCACAAAAGGUCCUACCACCAGUAAAAUUUCCUUCCUUCCUUCCUUUAUUCCUUUGCCGUAGAAGUCAAUCGUAAACAUUUGUUGAGUACGUGUAUUUCAUUAGAAAAAUUGGUACCCGCCUGCGGGAUUCGAACACCGGUGCAUUGCUACAUACGAAUGCACCGGACGUCUUAUCUUUUAGGCCACGACGACUUCAAUCAAACGUCAAAUAGCCUCGAUAUCAACUUUCUAAACCUUAGCGUUUGUGACUACAUUGUGUAGUCAUGUUUGGCUUUUGACACGAUAAAUUUACACCCUGUAUAUAAUACUUUAUGCCAAACAAUUCGUUAUAAAAAAGUACCUAAGUAUGUUUAGCUGUAAGAAAAUAAAACAAUGUAUUAAAAAUUAAAAACUAGUAUUUGUUUAUAUAAAUUUAUUAGUAAAUAUAUUUUAAGAAGAAAAAAAAA